AUGGAGAAAAUGGUGAAAGACUGUAAAGCAUCAAGUAAGAGCAAGAAUGAGGAAAACGGUGAGACUCUUCCUACAUCUUGGAGCAUGUGUAGUGACCACCAAGGCGAUGCAGGUGAUGUUCAGUGCCAAGCGGCAAACUCACCCCCCCAAAACACCCCUGCCUCUGGCCACCAGACUCCCCAUGAGGAGCUCACUCUCAGAGCACUCCAUGAAAAGACAAACGUUAAGGCAAUGCUUGAUAACAUACAUGAACGGGAACGAGGAGAUGGUGGUCUUUGCACUCGAGGAACCGGCGGGCCCCAACCCAAACCAGUCCCAGCCGCUUCCAGGAAGUCGACCCCUGUCCCUGUUCCACGGAAACCCAAAACAGCUGUCCUAGCCCAUCAGGAAAAGGUGGAGGGGGAGAACGAGGAGGCCGCUGUUCAGGAAGCGAGGGAAGUAAGCACCAAAGGGGUGAAUAUGCCAUCAGAUGGGAAGGGCGGCUCAUCCCUGUCUGUCAGCAUACCUGAUAAUGAAAACAAGCGGCCAGUUUUUCUGUCUGCAAGAGGAGCUAAUGCCCCGCCGGCCCCUCCGCCCAGGAAAAAGCCCUUUCUGUCUGACCCCAAGAAAGCCGUGGGCUCAGUCUCUCAGACACCACUAAAGGAUCUGCUGGUGGAAGAUUUGGGUUGGGACAGCAGUGCCUAUAAAAUGGAGGUAUCUGUAGACGGGGAAGAUGAAGAAGUUCAGAAUGAAGGAGCUGACAACAACCUCACCCAUCGCUUUCCUUCCAGCAGUUCACUAACCCAGCUUGCUACCAUCACAGAGAAAAGGAUGGUUGAGACAGCUCCAGAGGAACUUCAGACCGAUAGCAGCCCAGUGACACUUGUACAGAAGAAGGAGCAGGAGAUAGACGAGCAUAGAUUAAAGUCAGACUUUGGGUCUGAGCAAAUCUCUCGUUUCCCGAAGAUCAAAAUUACGAGGGAGCUGCCUUUGCCUGCAAAGGAGAAAUCGACCGGUGCUUUCUUAACACCUGGAAACGUCAAACUCUCUCGUCUCGGUGUCGGCAAAAAGAAAUCCAAGUCCUUCUCCACUGCUGACCUUGUUCACACUGACGGACAUAGGAAGAAUUCUUUCCGGAAACUUUUAGAAUUGAAGCUCACAGUGAAGAUGUUACCUAAGAUGAAAGUAAAAGGAAGCCAGAGUUCAGUCUCCACUGUCAAUGAUUAUGAACAAAGUGCUCACAAGGGACAAGAUAAAUAUCCCCAACUCCCUGAGCAUGUCAGCGUUGAGCGUAAACUGUCCUGCCCGGUGAUUGGAGUGGAGCAGUGUGUGGACGGGGACGUGUUUUCUGAUGAACCAGAUGACUACUACGAAAGCAUUUUGAACUAUGACGAGAUACCAAUCUACGAGAACAUACACGUUGGAAAGGGAGGAUUGUCUCCUCUGGCCUCCAUCCCGCAGGCCUGGCAGAGCUCACUGUACGAUGAUGAGGGCAUUUAUGAGGAGCAGGAGCCUUAUAUGUCCCUGGUGAAAAAGGAGGCGCAGAGUCAGACACCAACGGGAUACGACAGAAACUCAGUCGAUGAAGAAGUGGCUCCCAUGGAUGACUCCUCCUGGGAUGAAGAUGAUGAGACCAACAGCACAGAUGAAGAGGAUGAGGACGCCAACAGUUCUGUCUCCAGCAAGGGCAACCCUGAGCAACCAGAGGAGAGCACGGACUUCCGUGAAUCUGUCUCAAAGGCUUCUUGUCAGAGUGGAAAACCUGUAAUUGAAGAGCGUAUUCUCAACCAGAUCCUUUACUACCUCCCACAGCUCCAUGAACUCAACCAAGACUUGCUUAGAGAGCUGCAGCACAGAGUAGCCGAGUGGGAUGAUAAAUCCCAGGUUGCAGACAUUUUCCUGAAAAAAGGGCCUUAUCUGAAGAUGUACUCCACAUACAUCCGUGAGUUUGACAAGAAUGUGGCUCUGCUGGAAGAGCAGACCAAAAGGAACCCUGCGUUUGGUGCAGUAGCAAGUCCUCGCUGUGCCAAUCUGGCCCUGAAGCAUUACCUACUGAAGCCAGUUCAGAGGAUUCCUCAGUAUCAGCUGCUGCUCACAGACUACCUAAAAAACCUCUCUGAAGACUCAAAUGACUACAAGGACACUGAAGCUGCCCUCGCUUUGGUGAAAGAAGUGGCCAAUCAUGCCAAUGACAUCAUGAAGCAAGGGGAUAACUUCCAGAAGCUCAUUCAGGUGCAGUGUCGUCUGAAUGGCCACCACGAGAUAGUCCAGCCAGGACGGUUUAACGACACUUUGCUGUACACCACCCCGGUUCAGUCAGGACAGUACAAGCUCAAAAACAUGCUGUCAUUGGCUGGGAUGACGGUUAGCAAACCAAGUCAAGAGGCUUAUCAGAAUGAGCUGAACAUAGAGAGCGUGGAGCGCUCUUUCAUCCUCUCUGCCAGUUCGGCCACAGAGCGAGAUGAAUGGCUGGAGGCAAUUUCCACAGCAAUCAGUGAUUAUGCCAAAAAGAAAAUCAGCUUUAUAUCUGGGAAACCUCUGGAGGCAUUAGAAGUGAAUGACGAGCCAGAUGGUGCUCCGCUGGGCUCCAAAGCUCCCAUCUGGAUCCCUGAUCUGCGUGCCACCAUGUGCAUGAUCUGCACCUGUGAGUUCACCAUAACCUGGAGGAGACAUCACUGCCGUGGAUGUGGAAAGGUGGUGUGCCAGUCUUGCUCCUCAAACAAACAUCGUCUUCAAUACCUAAAGAACCAGUUCGCCCGAAUAGUAACUGAUCAGCAGACUGGCCAAAAGAUCCAGAUUGUCACAGCCCUCGAACCAUCCUCUCCUGGAAAGCAGCAGUUUAUCUUAGCAAAUGCGGACUAUUCCUCUGGUGGGAAGGUGAUCCUGACCAAGCAGGAAGGCUCACCAAACAAGGUCAUCCUCGCCACUCCAGAUGGAUCUGGGGUCAACCAGCUGCUGUUUGCUUCCCCGGAGCUGGCUGGACAGCAGAUUCAGUUUGUAACCGAGGGCUCUGACCAGUCUAUUGUCAAGCCUGUGGUGGAGUACUGUGUCGUCUGUGGGGAUAAAGCUUCAGGGCGACAUUAUGGAGCUGUCAGCUGUGAGGGCUGUAAAGGCUUCUUCAAACGCAGCAUCAGAAAGAACUUGGUGUACACAUGCCGGGGUUCCGGAGAAUGUGCCAUUAACAAGCUCCACCGAAACCGCUGCCAGUACUGCCGACUGCAGCGCUGUAUAGCUCUGGGCAUGAAACAGGAUUCUGUACAAUGUGAAAGAAAGCCUGUUGAAGUUAGCACCAGAGAGAAAUCUGUGAACUGCGCAGCCUCCACCGAAAAGAUCUACAUCCGCAAGAACCUUUGCAGCCCUCUGGCAGCCACGCCCACUUUUGUAUCUGACAAGGAAACCGCAAGGUCAACAAGUUUACUUGAGUCAAGCAUGUUGCUCAACAUCCAACAACCCUUCUCCAAGCUGGAAAACACCAUCCUAAUUCCAACUUCCCCAGACAAGGAGGAGGACCCAUCUCAAGGGGACCUUGGUACGCUGGCAAAUGUGGUUACGUCGCUGGCCCACCUGAACAAGACCAGGGAGGCCAGCGACAGCGGGAAUGACAUGAUGGAAGCUGAAACACUCAGCAACGGUGACAGCUCAAUUACAGACACCCAGGGAGAUGAUCAGACUGCCAGUGACAUCACUAGAGCUUUUGACACUCUGGCCAAAGUGCUACAUCCUGGUGACAGCUCAGCAGGAGAUACCUUGGAGGCCACAAUGCAGCUGAUGUCAGGGGACCAGUCGGGCCCUGUGGUGGAACUGGAGGGAGCCCUGCUUUCUGAGAGCCAUAUUCCUUUCAAGCUCAUGAUGCCUUUGCCUGUACCAGAGUACCUUAAUGUAAACUACAUCUGUGAGUCGGCGUCCCGGCUACUUUUCCUGUCUAUGCACUGGGCACGCUCCAUACCUGCCUUUCAAACUCUCGGUGUUCAAGACAAUGACAUUAACUUGAUGAAAGCCUGCUGGAAUGAGCUUUUUGCCCUGGGCCUGGCCCAGUGUUCCAAUGUUAUGAAUGUUGGCACCAUUCUAAGUGCCAUUAUCAACCAUCUGCAGACCAGCCUACAGGAAGAUAAACUCUCUCCUGAAAGGGUAAAAAUAGUAAUGGAGCACAUUUGGAGGAUGCAGGAGUUCUGUAACAGCAUGUCCAAGCUGUCCCCAGACUCCUAUGAAUAUGCCUACCUCAAAGCCAUCGUUCUCUUUAGCCCAGAUCACCCAGGCAUAGAUCACACUUCUCAGAUAGAGCGGUUUCAGGAAAAAGCCUACAUAGAGCUGCAGGACUACGUAACCAGGGUCUACCCAGAAGACUCCUACCGGUUGUCCAAGCUCCUGCUCCGUCUUCCAGCCCUCAGGCUGAUAAGUGCAGCUGUGACCGAGGAGCUGUUUUUCGCUGGGCUCAUAGGAAACGUACAGAUCGACAGCAUCAUCCCCUACAUCCUCAAAAUGGAGUCGACUGAUUACAACAGCCAGGCGGCCUCUGGCGUUUGACAAACUGUGCCAUAAGUAACAGCAGCAUUGGAUUGUGAAAACUGGACUGGAAUCCAUUCAAGACCCCGGUAGUUACCGAAUGGUUAUACCGAACUAUAUUUAUGAUCAUCAUUUAUCAACUGUGCUUUCUCUCAUUUGCUCCUGUGUCGAACUCCUGGGUAAAGCUGUCAGGGCUAAGGCUGAAUUACUGAAGACAAAUAAGAUCAUCCCCAGAGCCUGCCAGCAUCUGCUCGUUCAGGAAUCAGCCCUUGCAACUUGCAUUGUAGAUUGUGCUUUUAUUGUAUAGUAUUUUAUGCUGUCCAAGCGUUUCUUUUCUGCAGAUCACGUUUGUACCUUGAACGACUUGGCGACAAUUAUUUUUUUUCCACUGCUUUUCGAAAAUGCCCAUGCUUUUUUUCAUUUUAGCAUAUUGGGGGGGGAAAAAACUUGUCAUAAUGUGAAUUGAUUCAUGAGAUAUGGUAAAGGGUUAUAACUUUCAUUUCUUAUUUUGCAAAUCCAAAGGAUUUUUGGCAUAAUGUGGAUCUGAAGUAGCUGUAUGUACAUUUGUAUAUAGAAUGCCCCAAGAGGCCAGAUGGACAUCGUUGGCAGUUUGUGGACUCCAUUAUUUGGACAAAUGUGGAUGGAAACCGAUAGCAAUGUUGUUUAAGAAUUAAAACAUCUUUCACUCAUAUUUUUCGUUUCCACGAUCAAGCUUCUGCUUUCAGCAGGGAUAGAGAAACAGACGGUUUUCCUUUAGGGAUGAAAAAUCAUUUUAUUUACUGCCAACGGAUGUACACUUUUGGUUGAACGGAGCUCACACACAGUCGUGUUAGCUGGCUAACAUUCAGUGUCUUGAAAAGCCUUUAUGAAUGAAGAGAUUAUUCAACAAUCAGCUGUAAAAGCUCCGUAUGCAGGACAGUUGUCACAAUUUCUAUCUAAAUUUAGAUAAAUGUGGAGUAAACUUUGGUUAAGGCUUUGUUUUUUUUAAACUGGCAAGCAAAAAAAGGUCAUUCAGGUUCAUGUAGCCUUUUUAAUACAUCCCUGUACUCCAGUUCAAAUAAACUAAUUAACCAUUAUGUUUAUUUAAUUUUACCUGGAAGUAUAUAGUGCCUCUGUCUACGUGUGUUGCAAAGUUCUAAGUUGUAGUUAUUCUCAGAAUUUGAAACGUAUUCUUUGAGCAGUUGAUUGACGCGGUCUCCCUGAAUAAUGCAGAAUCUGUAUCCUUCCCCCCUGCCUUAUUGUUUUGUAUCGUGUUGGGUAUCGUGGAGCUGGAGGUUCUUACAGGGAGCUAGACUUUGUAUUAUUGGCUGAUGAAUUUUUCAUCGGGGCUCAGACGGUGUCUGUAAGCCUCCUUUUGCUGUACUUACUUCAUGACCGUACCCAGCUAAUUAAAGCGACCCGAUGGCUGCAUUAAAAGUUGAUGAGCUGAUGAGUGAUAUUGCUAGUUGCCGUUUAUAGAAAUCCGUUGUGGGACGUAUCCAGUUGCUUCUUUGUGUGGGUCUCCACAUCACGUCACUUGUUCUUUUCCUCUUUGAAACGCAAAGACUGAUGCAUAUCAGCACAUGGCACACCCACUAUAUGGCCCACAAAAAGACGCUCAUUCUUUGAUCUCUUUAAAAGACAUCCACAGAAUUUAGACUUGCAAAUACAAUACUCAUUGUAACUGUGAAGGGUCAGGGAUUUGUGAUGCAACACCGGCUUUUGUGUUUAAGACUAGGUGGAUUAGUUCAUUCCAAGCUGGAUAAAUGGGAGUGAACCAGUAGGAGCACUCCCAUGGCCUCCUGGGAGUUUAGGUUGGCCUGCUUGAGGGCGUGUUGGUAAAAAGGAUUGUAAAACAAGUGGC